AUGCGCCAAAUCGAGUAUGAUGGAGAAUAUUUAGAGGAAUUCGUUCAUCCCCAAUAUGGUCAGGGUUACUUUGCCGAUACGGAUGCCAUUCAUGAGCAAGACCCAGUCGUUCAAAUGACUGGAUUCGUCUAUGCUGACUAUCCUCUUCCAUGGGUUGCAGGAAUGACUUAUCUUGGCCACGCCGGAACCACGCUCUUUGCCAAGUCUUUUAUCCAGUCAUUCUCUGAUGAUAUAAUGUCCAGUCACCAUCCGAUGUUGGUAUCAUCACAGCGGUCUACACGGCGGACAGAUGACGUGCGACUCCAAGUCCUCCAGUUCUUUAAUGCCAACCCCAAUGGAUUUGAUUUAGUCUUUGUGGCAAAUGCGACAGCAGCUAUGAAGCUGAUUGGAGACUUGUUUCGUGAUGCCGAGCCGACCCUGGCGGAUUUUGGUAUGGCUGCCAUUGUGAUUGGUGUGCGGGAGCUCGCGGACAUAAACUCUCAAUGUUUUGACGAUGCUGAUGUCGAGGCUUGGAUUACUGAGCUUAGCACAGCUCAGUCUAAGUUCCCAAGUUCCCAGUCCAACAUGAAUGGUCGACGUCUCCCACUUCGGUGGUGCGCGCAACUCCGUUCCGUUGCCUGUCAGGGAGGGAAUGUAUCUACUUUGCUUGAUGCCUCCUCAUUUCUAUCAACCGCUCCUCUUGACUUUGGUGAAGCAAACACCGCGCCAAACACCGCGCCGGAUUUUACGGCGUUCAGCUUCCACAAAAUCUUUGGAUUCCCGGAUCUAGGGGCUUUGAUUGUCCGGAAAUGUUCUGGCUCCCUACUUGAGAGACGAAAGCUUUUUGGCAGGCCACAAUGGCAUGCCAAGAAAGACACCUCGAUCCCUGAGCGGCUAAACAACGAUACCCUUCCUUUUCAGAGCAUCAUCGCACUAGAUGCCGCCAUUAGCACAAGCGUCUGUACGGGUCAAUGUCUAAUAGUUCCGCACAUACUGGGUUUCUCGCUCAGCGACUCUAUGAUCAGCUGUCUGUAUUGA